AGAUCCAGUAGUUGGACUUGUAGAGAGCACGCGAGGGAGAGGAGAGGAGUACAGCAGCUGAGUGAGCAAGUACAGAUAGAAACACGUUACCUUACGAGACUAUUAGACAUCGACCUGUCACUUUUAAGCGCUCCGAAGGCUACUCGAAGAGGACCACAGAGUGCAGCAGCAACAAAAAUAACGACAACAACAACAACACCUGGUCUGGUGUCCUCGAGCCGCCAGUGAAAAACUCCCCAACGUGAUCGUCUCCGCUGGAAUGAGCUAACCUACACUACCAGUCAGAAAUGGAAACCAAACCGUUCUUGUCAUUGGGGUUCCUGAAGCCCCAGUGCUCAUUAGCUCCUCCGAUGCAGCGAGCCCGCUCAAAUGAGGCCUGUUCCUGUUUCAGUGGCAUGUGUUCCCUCCAUCACCAUCACCGUCGCCUAUCCUCAGACUCUUCAGGUCAAAUGGGCUCUUCACCCCUGGGCUCACCCAACUCCCAUCGAGGAAUGCACCCAUCUUUGCUCAGUCCGACGACCAUGGGGCCCUCUGGGUCGCUUCACUCUCCCAUCAGCACGUUGAGCUCGCCCAUGAACGGGCUGGCCUCGCCUUUCUCUGUCAUCAGCUCGCCCAUGGGCCCGCACUCCAUGACCUCGCCCGGCAUGGGCUACGGUCCCAGUGUCAGCCCCCAGCUGAACUCGCCGAUGAACUCGGUCAGUAGCACAGAGGACAUUAAGCCCCCGCUGGGCAUCAAUGGCGUGAUGAAAGUACCCGCUCAGCCCUCUGGCACGGCGCUGUCGCUCACCAAACACAUCUGUGCCAUCUGUGGGGACCGCUCCUCAGGUAAACACUAUGGUGUAUACAGCUGUGAGGGCUGCAAAGGUUUCUUCAAAAGGACAGUGCGCAAAGACCUCACCUAUACAUGUCGUGACAGCAAGGACUGCGUGAUUGACAAACGCCAGAGGAAUCGGUGCCAAUACUGCCGCUACCAAAAGUGUUUAGCCAUGGGCAUGAAGAGAGAAGUGUUAUUACAUGCAGCCGUUCAGGAGGAACGCCAGCGAGCCAAGGAAAGGAAUGAGAAUGAGGUGGAGUCGACCAGCUGUGCCAAUGAGGACAUGCCCGUGGAGAAGAUUCUGGAAGCCGAGCAGGCAGUGGAACCCAAAACCGAAACCUACAUCGACACCAACCUUGGAGUUCCAUCCAGUUCGCCCAACGACCCGGUGACAAACAUCUGUCAGGCUGCUGACAAACAGCUCUUUACGUUAGUUGAGUGGGCCAAGAGGAUUCCCCACUUCUCUGAGCUGCCACUGGACGACCAGGUCAUCCUUCUACGAGCAGGUUGGAAUGAACUCCUCAUUGCGUCAUUUUCUCACCGUUCGAUAGCCGUUAAAGACGGGAUUCUGUUGGCCACCGGGCUGCACGUCCACCGCAACAGCGCCCAUAGUGCCGGAGUGGGAGCCAUCUUUGACAGAGUGCUCACUGAGCUGGUGUCCAAGAUGCGGGAUAUGCAGAUGGAUAAGACAGAACUAGGGUGCCUUCGAGCUAUAGUCCUUUUCAACCCAGACUCCAAAGGUUUGUCAAACCCAAGUGAGGUAGAGGCUCUGAGAGAGAAAGUCUACGCGUCUUUAGAGGCCUACUGCAAACACAAGUACCCGGAGCAGCCUGGCAGAUUUGCCAAGCUGCUGCUGAGGUUACCGGCACUGCGCUCCAUCGGCCUCAAGUGUCUGGAGCACUUGUUCUUCUUCAAGCUCAUAGGCGACACGCCCAUCGACACCUUCCUCAUGGAAAUGCUAGAAGCUCCGCAUCAAAUGACAUAAUAGCAGAGAGGAUGGGGCCUUCAUCUGCCUCCUCUUUAUUUCCCAGCAGCCCUUUGGUCAAAAGCAGCAGGGUCCUUUUUUAAAAUGUUCCACCUCCACCGAGAGACAGAUCCUGCGAUGAUGAACAUUUUCCCUCUUCACCGUCAAUCCCGCAGAAACAGCUAAUUAAUUAUGGGUGUGUUUUUAUACCUUGUAAAGUACUAUAUAUAUAUAUAUAUAUAUAUAUAUAUAUAUAUAUAUAUAUAUAUAUAUAUAUAUAUAUAUAUAUAUCACAACAACGUGUUGGAGAGAAGACAGAAGCAAUGUACUGAGCCUUCAUUAGCAUUUUCUCAGCAUCCUCAUAGUCAACACUUGCAGGGUGUACGCAAACGUGGUGUGGACGUCAUGUUGAGACCCUCAGCCUCGUGAGCAGGACAAUCUUGCAGAUACAUGGGCUAUCCGGGCCUCUUGGGUUUCAUCAAGACUGAUUCAAAACAAACUCGAGGUCCUUGCCUGACUGGACUCAACACGUCUUGCACUA